UAUCCAGAGCGGUACGAAGUGCGGGAGUUCAAUUUAAACAAAAAGAAGGAAUCGAUACAACAGUACAGUGUCGUGGUUUUUUUUGUAAAAGCAACAAGAAUCCACUGGCGUGAGUGCUUUUCGCGAAGGAUCUGGAUGAUACGAUCGAUUACGAAAGUAAAGUAGUUCAAUUUUCAAUUAGUUAUAGGGUUAGCAAAAAUGCCUAUAGGAUAUUAUGGUAGCCCUUCGCUUUCGUCCUAUUCCGUCCCUUAUCUUACAGGUCCCUAUGCAAAUCAUUCGUCAAUCAUUGCUGCCAAUUAUGUGCGCCUUCCUAGUACAUACACAAAACCUUUGCCUCGCAUUAGAAUGGGCUUUACGCCACUUUUGGCAACAAUUAGCGAAGCACAUGCUGCUUCGCGCCCUUUAUCUCGAAUCACAACACCCAGUUUGGGGCUACACUCGUCGCCAAAGUUUAAAAUGCCAAGGCCCAUCUCAAUCAAUACUGCAGAUAUAGAUGUAUCCGUAAACAAGUAUAGAAAAUAUAAUCGACCACAACGAGCAGGUGAUGUCUGUGCAUCGCCAGACAAAAUCGAAAAGAUACCACAAACCACCGAAAGCCCAAAAGUUCCAGAAGAGCCCGAGGACGUUGUUACCAAAUCUCCAAUACGACGCGAUCGGGCAGUUGUACGCAUUCACACAAUUCACAAACGCUCAAAGAAAAAACCUGAACACGAUCAAAAGAGCGCCGAACCAGAACUAAAUAGGCGAUGGCGCAACAACGUUAGUGAUAUCAACGGAGAAAAGAAGCUGGAGAAGAAAGCAGAAAAACCAAGCCCAUCCGAACGAUUGUUACAAAAGCAUCUCAUUAAGGACAAAAGUGACUCUCUUGAAGACAAACCGGAAAAUCAAGAGACAACUGUGCAAAAAUCGCCAAGUUUUCACGAAAUUUGCAAGAGCAUCUCUUCCGACACAAUAAACGCAGAUUUAAAUCCCGCACAAACAGAGGUGAUCAAAAAGCGAACCAGAUUGAACUCGUCAGAUGAUCUUCUUAAAAAAAUAAGGAGGGAUUCUGCCGAAAUUUUGCAAGAAAACGUAAUGCUACUCGACAAAAUGCUUAUGGAAGAACAUAAGUAUGAUAAAAAGAAUGACGAGCUCGGCAGAACCAGCGUGAAGAAAAAGAAAAAGAUCGGCAAGACUAAAACGAAAGAGCUGGAGAUAGUGGAGGAACCCGAGCCGAAACAUGCGCUCCAGAGGAGGCCGACGCAAAAGAAGAAGCGGACCAGCAGCAAGGAGCUGCCGAUCGAUGUAGACGUGCAGAAGGCAUAUCACGAUGCAAUACGUGAUAUAUCACAGGUGGAGGUCGAGGAAAUUAGAUUGAAACCUAAACCGGUCAUCACGGCCACUGUGCAUGUGGAAUCAUCGAAACCUAAUUUAAAAGCGGUCGUUGAUAAUGUCGAAGUUGAGGAGAAAACCGUCGAAACGCCUAAGUCGAAGUUGAAGUUUAAUUUAACGAUUGAAAAGAUUGAGGAGAAUGCUCGCCCGAAGAGUGAGGUGUACAGGGAUUUGAAGGAGAAGAUUCAAGUUGAACAGGUGCGCAUCCCCGAACCUAAGAUUCCCGUUGUAGCUAAGGUGGUUCAAAAAACACACACCGUACGGUUAGGUCGAGUGCUGGAUGGUAUAAAGGAAGAGGAGAGUAAAAACACAGUGAGCACAGAAAAAAAGUUAGUUGUUAAGGUGAACAAGUCACAAUUCCCAGUGGUAACCAACAAACAAGUGGCACAAAGAAGCAUUCCAGAGAUUCUUCCAAAUUUUAAGGCCGCGGUGAAAGUGAACAAAGCGAGUGAGGGCCUCAAACAUUCGGACUCUGUUAACUUUUGGGAGAUUUUGGGUGCAAGGGAGAGCGUCAAUUUUAAUGUUAGGAAAAUAGCCAAAGUGCCAGCCGCCCUAAUCCAAACCAGUUCCAUUCAUGAAACGGCCCAAAAUGAAGUGAAUAGCGCUGGAGAACAGCCAAGUACAAUUAAUUCAUCCGUUAUAAAACCAACUACCCCCAAGGAUGAGGGAAUGGGGCGGACGGAUUCACAGGAAGGCGGCAUCGAAAACCUUACUGUCGGGGUGAGUAAUAAAGUAGCACCAAAUAAAAUGACUUCUAAGAGAUCCUUGGUCGCGAAGCCGAGUGACGACGAUCCCGAUUUACACGUGUUCAAAGUACCUGAAGAGCCCAAACCCGAACCUGAAGCUGACAAAGAGGAGGAAAAGGACAAAUUCGUCCCCUUGGCUACCAACAGGUUAUCGGGCUGGAUGCACCCCUUCAAAAAACCAGACCAACUCGACGAAUGUCCCUUCGAAAGGUUCGCGACGCCCAAAGUGAUCAGGCAUCGGCACUAUCCUCGUCCUAAACAUCCCCUUCCCAGCCUACCCUCGAAUGACACAAGUGAAUCGGAAAGUAGUGAGAGUGAGGACUCGUCAGAUGAAAGUGACAGUUCGGAGGAAGAUAGCAACGAAACUUCAAAGGCCGGAACAAGUACGUCCUCAAAUGAUUCUGGGUUUGAUUCAUCGGCUCCUGCAAGCCCCUCAAAUCGCAGACACCAUAACGGUAGUUCGGAAAAUAGAGAUUCGCCCACCUCGAAUCCGGCCCACAAUCCGGCGUUCGCGGUGGAUUCGACCGACUUGCCCAAUGACGAAAUCCUGCAAUCUUGUACGUUCGUCGGCUACCAGAAGAGCGGAAGGAUCACGCCGCCGGCUACCACGAUACCGCGAUUUAGAAAGUACAAUAUUGAAGAUUUUCAGUUCUUGAAGGUGCUGGGAAAGGGCAGCUUUGGAAAGGUGUUGCUGGCCGAACUGAAGAAUACCGAGUAUUAUUAUGCAGUUAAGUGCUUGAAGAAGGAUGUUGUAUUGGAGGACGAUGAUGUAGAGUGUACGCUUAUCGAAAGAAAAGUAUUAGCGUUAGGAACUAAGCACCCCUAUUUAUGUCAUUUACUUUGUACGUUCCAAACAGAGUCACAUCUGUUCUUCGUAAUGGAGUACCUGAAUGGUGGCGAUCUCAUGUUUCACAUUCAACAAUCGGGAAGAUUUCAAGAACCCCGUGCGCGUUUUUACGCGGCAGAAAUCGCUUCCGGUUUAAAGUUUUUACACAGCAAAGGAAUCGUGUAUAGAGACCUAAAGCUCGACAACAUUCUACUCGAUUUUGACGGGCAUGUUCGAAUAGCCGAUUUUGGAAUGUGCAAAUUGCAAAUAUUCUUGGACAGGAUGGCAGACACUUUCUGUGGCACACCGGAUUACAUGGCCCCCGAAAUUAUUAAAGGGCAGCAUUACAAUCAGUGCGUGGACUGGUGGUCGUACGGCGUACUUUUAUACGAGAUGCUAAUUGGACAGUCGCCCUUCAGCGGAUGUGAUGAGGAUGAACUAUUUUGGUCGAUUUGCAACGAGAAACCGCUAAUUCCUAGAUACUUGAGUACUGAAGCAAAUUCUAUAAUUUUAUUGCUGUUAGAAAAAGAUGCGAACAAGAGACUAGGUAACAAAAUGUGUCCAUCCGGCGACAUCCAAGACCAACCAUUCUUCAAACCAAUCAGUUGGGAACGACUUGAAGCGCGAUUGCUCGAUCCGCCCUUCAAACCGAAACUGCUUCAUCCACUCGACACGCAGUACUUCGACAAAAACUUCACCGUCGAAAAGGCCAAACUAACGCCGAUCGAUAAGAACAUCCUGCAGUCCAUGGAUCAAAGCCAAUUUCAAGGUUUCAGCUACACUAAUCCUAACGCUACCGAUAAGUAAAAUGAGGAAUCUCUGACAGCGGUGCCAAGUAUUUUCCUGAAGUUGGUAUACUUACCGAUGAUAGGUUGAAACCCUGUUUCGUGGAAUCUCAAGAUGUGCGUGGUUUGCGAAAAAUCUAAUAAUUACCCGUGCAAUUUCUAUUUAAACAAACGACGCUAGACUUCCUAAUAAUAUUAAUUUUGCCUAGUUUUAUAUUACUUAUACUGAAUGAA